AAACUGUAACAAAAUCUAGUCAAUCGCUUCAACAGUAGUAACGUGACGGUUUCCUUCAAAGUGUCGCGUGUUUUUCUUCGUUUUUGGUGUAAAUACGAGAUACAUAGUACAACGCGACAUUACAAAAUGAUUAAACACUGUGCAGUGAGAUAUGUAUUAUAGUACUUUCACCGUGCACAUAAUCUAUUGGUACUUCUUGGCGUUAAACUAUAACCUCUCUGCUAUCGGGGACGUCUAAGUUAUUCCAAACUUUUAAACUUUUCAUUUUAGAGAGAUGGAGAAAAACGUGGUCUUCACACCUUCAGCGCCUCCUCCGCCUUCCGCACCUCCUUCGUACGAAGAGGCUGUUGGUUCUUGGAAUCAGGUAUCUCGUCAACCAAACAUCGCGCCAUAUCCAGUAGGACCGUCAUCUAUGCCAACACCAGCACUUCCCAGCGAAUCUCCAGCGCAACCACAACCGCAGCCAGUACCGGUACCGGUGCCAGUGCCAGUGCCGGUGCCGCAAUAUAAUGCAAAUCCAAACCCGGCGCCAGCGCCCGAAGUCCGGGUCACCUAUCAACCCGUGAUUUAUGAAUUGAGUCCGAAUCCGAUAAAAAUGACAUGUCCAACGUGCCACGCCAACAUUAAGACCACCACGAUACAAGAUCACAAACCGAGUGCCCACCUAUGUUGCAUCGUACUCUGUUUACUUGGAUGCUGUCUGUGCUCGUGCCUGCCGUAUUGCAUCAGCAGCUUCAUGAACGUUCAUCAUUUUUGUCCGAAAUGCAAAAGUUACAUCGGCACAUGUAAAGGUUGAAUGGAAUCUGCGUACUUUAUACUUUGUUACAAUCCGUUUUAUGUAACCAGAUACAGUGUAACGUGUUAUCAAGACGGGAGGAGGGUUUUAGAAUAUAUUUCCCUGCUUGUUCGCGUAUUAAGUUAAGAGGAAGAACGAUUCGAUCGAGAUUAUUGUAGAAUCGUAUCGGACACACUAUGUAUGACGCUUAUUUCUCGCGAGGUGACGCGAAUAUCACCUAUAAUGUGUGAUAGAAUUAUUAUAUAUUCCAUGGUAUGUAAAAUGAGUGAGUGUAUGAGUGCAUCGAGUAUGCAGGCAACGAGUGAGAUAAGAUACUCUUGUAGAAGUAUUUUCCAGCAUUGAACUCGAGAACGGCGUUGUUCUCGUUUGCAUUUCUCAUAUUCCGUCGCCUUAGACUUUUCUCGGGAGAAACAAGGAGAUAAAAAGUUUGUUCGAAACGCGAAAGAAGGAAAGAAACAGUUUUUCUUCUCUUUUUUUCUUACAUUGUUGUCUCUUGCUUCUUCCGAUGUGCAUUCCAUUGAUAAAAGAAGAGAAGAAAGAGUGACUGUGUACGUGGAAUAAAAAAUUGUCCCGUCUCCUGUUUACAAUAAUGUUUGCAUUUGUAUUUAUUUUUGUAUUUUAUUGGUGCUUCCGGGACUUUCAGUGAAACAUAUUCCUGCAUAAUUAAAUAUAUAUAUAUAUGUGUGUGUGUAUAGACACUAGUACAGGGGAGGUAUUUUUACGUGAACCGUAUAAAGGUUUUGCGAGAUUGACGAACAGCAUCCGAAUUAUAUUGCGAAGAAGCAUGGUUUAUCUCAUUUACAUUUCGUGCUCGAAUGAUAUAUAGGACUUUGUUCAAGUUAUUUAUAUUGGAUAUAUUGAUUAAAUGUUUAACUGACGUCUCUUAUGUAAAGGAAAAUUCGAAUAAAAAUAAUUUUGUGGA